CGCGGAGGGGGCGGAGGCUGCGCGCAUGCGCCGUGGGGGCGCACGCGGCCCGCUUUAUAGGCGCGUGGCAGCAGCGGCGGGCUCUGCUUGCAGCGGUGGCAGCGGCAUGGCGCGGCUGCUGCUUGCACUGCUCCUGCUGCUCGCGCUGCAGCUGCUGCCCGGGAGCAGCGGGAGCGGGCGGGCGGGGCCCAGCCGCGCCUCGCUCCCCUCCUCCCCAUUGGCUCCCGCCGCCCGCUCCCCGCGCACGCCCUCGGCUCUCAUUGGCUGGCGCCGCCGGCGGCUCAGGUGCGCGGGCUGCGGGGGCCUCGCCUCAGGGGGGGACGGGGCCGGGGCUGGGGCCGGCUGGGCUCUGGCGGCUCCCCUCAGCCCCAGCCCCAGCCCUGGCCCCUCGGGCUGCGGCCCGGGGCAGUUCCGCUGCGAGGAGCCGCACGGGGAGUGCUUCCCCCGAGAGUGGAUCUGUGACGGCCACCCCGACUGCAUGGACGAGCGCGACGAGCGGGGCUGUGAGGCCAGCGGGAGCCCGGCGGGGCCCGGGGUCGGCGGCACAGAGGCUUCAACUACCCCUGUGCCUGGGCACACUCUGCCAUCAAGGAGUCAAGGCUGCACGUGGGUGUUGAUUAUUGCAGUGCUCCUGAGCUGCCUGGUAGCUGUGGGUGGUAUCGUUGCAUGGGCCCAGUCCAAAGCAAAAAGCAGGUCUGACAUCUUCAGUCUUGAAGAAGCAUCAACUGAGGAGCAGUUGAUAUCUGACAAGAGCCAGGCAGGCUUAUUUUCCUGGAAGGGAUCUUUUGCUGCGAAGCGAUAAGAUGGGACUAAGUUCAUUUCCCUCUCACUCAUGACAGAAGCUGACUGAACUUACACAUUAAGCUCUCCAAUCUGGUUUGUUAUUACGCUAGCACGCUCUCCUUGGAAAUGGGUCUGAGGUUAUGCAACUACUUUUGCACUGGAAAUUGAACAGGACCUUCCCUGGUGCCGUGCAAUCACCCCUCAUUAAGGUGACAAAUUCCCUCAUUGUUCUUGCCUACAAGGAUUGUUAACACGGCUUCACAUCAGCGUGGCCUUGGACCCAAAGACUUUAUUCUCCUUGAGACUGGAGGUGCAGUGCCAGGUGCUACUGUUUUCUUCCACUUCCAAACAAGAGCCUUUUGUUGCCUGCCCCCUUCUUCUGCCUGGAUUUUGUCAGGUGUUGGGGAGUGGAAGUUUUCUCACGCCUUUUGAGUAGGAGCUCACUGAAUCCGCACAGCUCAGAUGUGCACUCUGUGUUCACACUGGUGUUUCGAUGCUGCUCAACCCAACGCACUGUCCAACUGCAGGGAUGAAAGCUGAAAAUCUUCCUGUCUACCUGAGCCCUGCGUCACCCCCAGACAGCACGGGGCAGGCAGCACCUCAGCACACUCCCUGUCAGCAAGGAUCUCGCCCCCUGCAGAGCAGCACCUUCACCCCAGUGCUGAGUUCUGAACGUUGUUUCUCUAAUGUUAGAGCUGUCAUCUGUAGGCCUCUUUUGCUGGAGGUUCUGAGUGUCUGGUGUCUUUUGUUUUCAGCUUGAAAUAACUGGUGUCUUGGGUCAAAUGCUGUUGCCUCUGCUUUGUGGCACGCACAACUGUUUGUGACUGGCUCAGUGUGCACUUUUGAGAACUGACAGUAUCAGAGAUAACUGACCAGUGCCUCUAACUCAGCACCUUUCUCAUGUAUUUCUUGCACAAGUGUUUAAUGUGUGUAAAAGACAAAAAGCUGCUGUCUUGUCUGUUGCAUUCUGUGCCUUGAGGUGAGAACCUGGCUUCCCACGCAAACUCUCGUCAUCAGCCUUAGGGCUUGCUCUUGGGUAGUGUGCAAGCGUGUAGCUGUAACUCAUGUGAGAAACUGCUAUAUGAGGUAGUGGAGCACUGGGCUAUGCCAGAAUGGUUAUUUUUAGUACCAAGAGGUCACUUGCAAGGGGACACACAACCUUGUCUCUGUUUCCAUAGGGACAAUUGGAGAUAGCUGUUGGUGAAUGACACAGGAAAAUAAAGAACUUGAAACUGUAAUGACA